AUGCCGAUUCAAAACCGACAGAAGAAACUGGUCAGCACCCUUCAAACAGUUAAACCUUCAACCUCUUCUUCCAAAUCUAAUCAAGAUGUUGCAGAAAAGAUCUCUGAAACCCUAAUCACAUUGGGCUGCAAAUCUCUCCCUUCCACAUAUCUCCUCCACCUACUUAAUCCCGAAGUAAUACAACUUGUUCUCUCAAACCCACUCCUCAGAACCAAAUCGUACUUAGAUUUCUUCAAUUUUCUGCAGUGGAAAGGAUCUACCUCCCCAUACCAACACGACAUUUCGGCCUAUCUAACUCUAAUUUACAGGUUAUUCAAGGACAGAAGAUUUGCUUUGGCCAAACAUCUCCUUAAUUCUGUUGUGAUUAAUGAAGAUAUCAAAUGCACUGCGACAGUUACAGCUUCUUUGCUGGAGAAUGUAUGUGACGGUUCCUGGAUUCGUGCUAAGUUAGUUGAUAUGCUCUUUAGGGUUUAUUCUGAUAAUCGCAAGUUUGGGGAGGCUCUGGAGACCUUCGAGUACAUGAAAAACAAUGGAUUCAAGAUUGAUGAGAGAUCGUGCAUUAUUUAUUUACUCGCACUCAAGAGGUCCAAUCAGGUGAAAUCAGCUUUUCGUUUCUUACGGAAGAUGCUCGAAGCGGGUGUUGAAGUUUCUGUCCGUUCGAUGACAAUAGUGGUUGACGGCCUAUGUAAGAUAGGAGAAAUAGAAACUGCCAAGGGUUUGAUGGAUGAAAUGGCUGGUAGAGGGAUCAAACCCAAUGUUGCUACUUACAAUUGCCUGAUGGGUACCUAUUUAAAGCAAGGGGCAUUUGAGGAAGCUACCAAGGUCCGGAAUUUGAUGGAACAGAAAGGUGUAGCCUACAAUAUUUUGACCUACACUAUUUUGAUUGACAGGUUCUCGAGCUGUGGAAAGGUUGGAGAAGCCGAGAGGCUGUUUCAGGAGAUGCAUCAGAAAGGUAUAAUAGCGGAUAUCUAUGUCUAUACUGCACUUAUAAAUGGACACUGUAGAGCCGGGGACAUGAAAAGGGCCUUCAUCUUGUUUGAUGAAUUGACUGAGAGAGGUCUCAGUCCAAACGCCCACACUUAUGGGUCUAUAAUCAAUGGCCUCUGCAAGGUUGGGAACUUGGAAGCAGCACAGAUGUUGGUCGAUGAGAUGCAAAGCAAAGGAAUCAAUGUAAACGAGGUGAUAUUCAACUCAUUAAUGAAUGGAUAUUGCAGGGAGGGAUUGGUAGAUGAAGCCCUAAAAUUGCAAGUUGUGAUGGAGAAGAAAGGCCUUAAGCUUGAUGUAUUUACGUACAAUACAAUUGCAAGUGGGUUGUGUAAGGCAAAACGGACCAAUGAGGCAAAGAGGCUGCUGAUCACCAUGGAAGAAAGGGAUGUUACUCCUAACAAACUCAGUUUCACUACAUUGAUUGACGCAUAUUGCAAAGAAGGGGAUUUACUAGGAGCAAAGAGAGUGUUUCAUGAGAUGGAGAAGAAGGGAGUGAAGCCUAAUGCCGCUACGUACAAUGCUCUGAUAUAUGGAUAUUGCAGAAAAGGGAAUUUGAAGGAAGCUUACAAGCUAAGAGAUGAAAUGGAAAUGAAUGGCAUAGCAGCAGAUAUAUAUACGUAUACUACUCUUAUUCAUGGAAAUUGUAUGGUUAGAAAGGUGGAUGAAGCAUGGGAAUUGUUCCAUGAAAUGCCCAAGAGAGGUUUGCAACACAAUGCUGUCACUUAUACUGCAAUAAUUUCAGGCUUUUCCAAGGAAGGGAGAUCAGAUGAGGCAUUUAGAUUAUAUGAUGAAAUGAUUGAAGCAGGCCUGAAGCCUGAUGACACUGUAUAUUCUUCACUUGUGGGUAGCCUUCAUACUGUGAAACCUUGA